AUGGUCACGAGCAGAAGAGAAGUAUACAAGAGCACUGCUCCUUUGAUUAACACUUUUCAGAGAAACUUGGGCGUUCCUGGUGUCAGCAUUGCCUAUAAAGAAGCAAUCGCAGAUACCACACAACCAGGCAAGCCAAACCAAGCAUUAACCAGAGGCCAUUUGAAUCCCUCAGCGAUAAAUUCCUUCGACAAAAGAUUCAUGACCGCUACUUAUACUUUUACAAAUGCCGUACCUCAGUUUGCAGCGACGAACUUCUAUUUGACGAAUUUUGAGUCAAGAGUAGAAAAUUAUGCUAAGAACAACUGCGGCAGGAAAGAUGGCACCCUUUACCUUUUGUCUGGCACAUCAGAAAAUGGCCUAAUCAUUAAUCAAGAAGGAAAACCUGUUCAGGAUCUUUCAAAUCAAAUUCCUAAACCCUAUCAGAGGGAUACAUUUGUGCAAGGUACAAUAAAACUUGUAACUCCUCGUUCUACUUGGACAGCUGGUUGCUGUAUAUGGAAGAAACCAGGUGAGGCGAGAAGAGCAGAAUCUUUUGCAGUGAUGAGCAACAAUCAAAACAAAAGAACGAAGGUUCUCCUAACAGAAAUGAGAGUGCUCGACUUAGAGGAGCUCCUAAAGACACCACCAUCAGCAGCAGUGAAUUUGUUCCCAGGGGAAGAGGAAUGUAGACGACCUGAAAACAAUAUACCACUUUAAAAAGAAUGGAAAGAAUGAAAAGAAGAGGAAACAGACUGUUUAGAGUCAAGUAAUUUAGUUAAUGUUCCUCCUUUCUGUCAUAUAUGUAUU